CUGACGGCAGACGACAAAAGGAGGGAAAUGAUGAAUUCGGACAAUUUAACCUCCCAAAGCUUCCUCUCUGCGAUUCAUAGCAAUGCCAGCAAUUUAUUCUCAGGUCUCCAGUUUGUUCAGUCCUUCAAGCCACUCAUCAUCCCCUGCUACUCGUUGGUGGUUUUUAUUGGUGUCAUUGGGAAUUACCUUCUCAUUUAUGUUAUCUGCAAGACCAAAAAAAUGCACAACGUCACCAACUUUCUGGUAGGCAAUCUGGCUUUCUCAGACAUGCUCAUGUGUGCAACCUGUGUGCCCCUGACACUUGCAUAUGCCUUUGAGCCCAGAGGAUGGGUGUACGGGCGAUUCAUGUGCUACUUUGUGUUCCUGAUGCAACCUGUCACUGUGUUUGUGUCUGUCUUUACCUUGACUGUCAUAGCUGUGGAUAGGUAUUAUGCCAUGGUGUACCCAUUCCGCAGGAGGCUCACCAUCCCUAUUUGUGCUUAUAUCCUGGCUGCUAUUUGGCUGUUGAGCUGUACCUUGGCUGCCCCAGCCUUGGUCCACACUUACCAUGCUGAAUUCCCAGAACUGGACUUCUCCAUCUGUGAGGAGUUUUGGUUCCACAUGAAAAGAGAUCGCUUAGCUUAUGCCUACAGCACUCUCAUCAUCACCUAUGUACUGCCUUUGGCUGUCAUCUCCCUGUCCUACCUGAGAAUCUCAGUCAAGCUGAAAAACCGCGUGGUCCCAGGUAAUGUCACCCAGGGCCAAGCUGAGUGGGACCGAGCAAGGAGGAGAAAGACUUUUCGCUUGCUAGUCUUAGUGGUGGCAGCCUUUGGAGUCUGUUGGCUGCCUCUGCACAUCUUCAACAUGAUAAAGGACAUAGACAUCAGCUUGAUUGACAAGCAGUACUUCAACUUCAUCCAGCUGCUGUGCCACUGGUUUGCAAUGAUGUCUGCUUGUACCAAUGCCUUCCUCUACGCCUGGCUCCAUGACAGCUUCAGGGGGGAGCUGAAGAAAAUGUUUGCGUGGAGAAAGAAAAAAAUUGGACCCACUACAAAUUGCAUUAUGGCCAGCGUGGUGCUGUAAAUGAGAGCUGGUGGGAGUGCACUU